AUGUCGUUCGUCAAAGAAAAUCGCAGACUAAAUGAAGAUAUCGAUGAUGUUAAUGAGUCACAAUUGACUAAAUUAGAAUCUGAAGGAGGAAUGUCAUUUUGGAAACUGUUGAGGUUCUUGAUAGCAAACAAACAGUUUGUUGCAGUUAUCAUUUCGGUGUUCCUGGGCUUCUUGAUUGGGAUUGUUUUACACGAUGCUGUUCAAAAAUCCGACGAGCCCGAGAAAAUGGUUAUGUACAUCAAGUUUCCCGGUGAACUGUUUAUUCGAAUGCUAAGAAUGAUCAUAAUACCCCUAACAAUAAGUACUAUCGUGGUAGCUUUGGCAGAGACUGACACCGGCAAAGCAAAAAAGCUGGGAAAGUAUACAUUCUUGUAUUAUCUAACAACUACCAUUUUCGCCACUGUGCUUGGCAUAACACUAAUAAUGAUUAUAAAACCUGGGAAAGAUCACACAGCAAAAAGAGAUGAUGAAUUCAAUGAAUCGAGCCCAAUUAGCGCUUUGGAUUCAUUCCUUGAUCUACUAAGGUAG